ACGGCACCGCGGGGGGAGAGAGGCGGGGAACCUGCCCGGGGCUGGGCCCGGCACCGGGCCGGGCUGAAGUAAACGCAUCCACCGCUCCUCGUCCCCACAUUCGCCAAACGCCGUGACCGAGCGCCUCAGGGGGCUCCCGGGAGUGGGACCGAGGGGACUUAGCGAGGCCUCUGCUUCGGGGACGGGGAAAAGGGGGUAAAACACCGAGCGGCGGGGACCGGCUGCCUCAGCCCCGCCGGGACCUGGCGAAUCGGCCUCUGCCGACGGGAAGAGCCGCGUUCCCGCUGCAAAGCGUGAGACGAUGACUGACUGGGCCCCCAUAGCCAAGGAGUAUGACCCCCUCAAGGCCGGCAGCAUUGAUGGCACCGAUGAGGAGCCCCACGACAGAGCCAUCUGGAGAGCUAUGUUGGCACGGUAUGUACCCAACAAAGGGGUUACAGGAGAUCCUCACCUCACCCUGUUCGUAGCAAGGCUCAACCUGCAGACAACAGAAGAGAAGUUAAAGGAGGUCUUCUCCCGGUAUGGAGACAUCAGAAAGAUCCGACUGGUUCGGGACCUGGUCACAGGAUUUUCCAAGGGUUAUGCAUUCAUUGAAUACAAAGAGGAACGUGCUCUCAUGAAGGCCCACAGAGAUGCCAACAGGUUGGUUAUUGACCAGCAUGAAAUCUUUGUGGACUUUGAACUGGAAAGAACUCUCAAAGGAUGGAUUCCUCGAAGGCUCGGAGGUGGUUUUGGAGGAAAAAAAGAAUCCGGGCAGCUGCGGUUUGGAGGACGGGACAGACCCUUCAGGAAACCCAUCAAUUUGCCAAAUGUGAAAAAUGAUUUCUAUGGAGAAGGAUCAGCAGAAAAAAGAAACUGGUCUCGUGAGGGAACAAGGGACUGGAGAACCAGGGACCGAGACCAUGACAGGAGCCGGGACAAGCGAUGGCCGGAAAGGGAGAGGUCGUGGGCUUGGGGUGAAAGUGAGAGAGACUCCAAAGAGGAGAGGAGCAGAGGGAAGGAGAGGAAAGAGAGAGACAGGAAGGACAGGGAUAGAGACAGGAGCAGGGAAAGAGACAGCAAGAAACAAAGAGAUGAUGAUAAGCAUAGGUAGGUGACUGCGUGUUGUUGGAGUGUGGUGUCUGCUCCUCCAUCCAGCUGCAGAUGCUGCCUCCAGCUUGGGGCUGUGAGCAGCAGUCCCAGAACAAGGAGCUGUGCUGUUACUUGUGCCUGUGAUUCUCUCCUGCUAGCAGCUCUCUGCAGUUUGGUUGCUAAUGCAUUGUUCUUCAGAGAAAAUAAACUUUUGUAUUAAUGUUCUUUAACGGGUGAAUGCUGCAAGAAAUGUCUGAGCCUGAGUAGCCACCCCGUUUGAUUCCCUUCUGGCUGCCUUGAGUGGAGUUCAUGAGAGAGCUCUGUAUUUAUUAUUUAUGGCUCAGAUGCCUGCACACAUCUAGUGAGACAAAUGCCCUUGAUGAAAUUAUCACUUGUUGAAGAAACAGCAUUGAAGUAGCACUCUGUCUGCACAGGGUUUAAAUCUUGUUUUGGACACUGGGCUCACUGCUGGUUGGAGUUGAGUUGGGGAAAACAGAGAGGGAAGCACCUCCUUUUUUAGAGCUAGGAUGUGUAUAUCCAGACACAUCUUCCAUGGAGGAGCUUACAGAAGAGGCUCUGUUGCACUUGUUGUCAUCAUGAGCCAUUCAUAAAUAUUUGUUAAUUAUUUUAAACUAUUUUGUCAGCAUUUGAAUGGUCCUAUCUUUAACCCAGUGUGAGGCUUUAUUUCCUUGAAGAGUUAUACAAGGCUUUCUCAGGUGAAAGAAUACAGACCCAUGUGCUGCAUCCCCAAGAAGAGAUGAUAUUAACUUUCCACAACAACAACAAAAAAAAGGACACAAGUCUUGCAGAAAUACUUGUUUUUCAGAAAUAUUUAUUAAACUGUUAAAAUGAUUUACUGCCCAACCAAAAAAAAAAUCCAAACAAAAACCCAAA